GUUAUGGUGACAAACCGGAAGACAGUCCAUAUCUUUGGGAUAGAAUGACUAAAUAUACGGAACUAACUGCAAAAAUAUUUCAUGCAGUACGAUUGGAUAACUGUCAUAGUACACCUCUUCACGUAGCACAAUAUAUGAUUGAUAAGGCUAGAGCUAUACGACCUAAUUUGUAUGUGGUUGCAGAAUUAUUCACUGGAGGCGAAUAUGUUGAUAACAUUUUCAUCAAUAAAUUAGGUCUUAGUUCUUUAAUACGAGAAUCCCUAUCAGCUUGUGACUGUCAUGAUUUAGGUCGACAAGUUCAUCGAUAUGGUGCAUCCCGACCUGCUGGAGCAUUUUUUGAACGAGCCAGUGCACGUCGUCUAUAUCCGAGUGUAUCACAUGCUGUCUUCUAUGAUCAAACUCAUGAUAAUCCAAGUGUAUUGGAGAAACAUUCUGUUUUUAAUUAUCUGCCUUUAUCUGCAGUUGGAUCGUUUGCUUGUUGUGCAAUUGGUAGUACACGUGGUUAUGAUGAAUUAGUCCCACAUUAUAUUGAUGUAGUUAAAGAGGAACGUUUCUAUUCGCGAUGGCCUGAUCAAGUCAAUUAUAAUAUUGGUAUAAUUAAGCCAAAAUCUAUUUUAAAUGAACUGCAUAGUUGGUUAUCAUCUGAAGGAUUUUCUGAAACAUUUGUAGACCAAAUUACACCAAAUGUAUUAGGUGUGACACGUUUUUGUCCAGAAACUCGUGAAGCUGUCCUAUUGAUAACACAUACAGCUUUUCAUGAUCCUGGACCUAAUCCACACCAUUCAGAUUUUCAUCCAAUUCGGUUGGGUGGACGAGUGAAUAGAUUGUUAUGUGAAAUACUCUCGACAUUUAAAGGGGAUUAUCCACCACAGAGAGAUUUUAAAAAGAAUCCACAGUAUAUAAAUGGUUUAAUGUGUAUGAAUUACUCAAUUUUACAAAAUGUACCAGCCACUGAAAGUAAAACAUUUCGCGUAGAAAGUUACUCAGAUGAACAUGGUGUUAUGGUGGAUAGUUUAAUAUUUUACAAUUUCCCACCGGGAUCAGUUGUAAUUGUUUCAAUUAAAUUAGAUGAUAGCCAACUACAAGCCAUUGCUGAUUUACAUAAUUUCAUGUCCCAACAGUUUGAUUGUCGUUUAUAUGAACCUCGAACAAGUCAAGCUAUGGGUAAAGGUGAAAAUGCCUAUAUUCCUUUAAGUUUGCCAUCAGGAAACAAUUCGUUACUAAAGCCGAAUUCGAUCAGAGUUCUUUUAGGCAAUAUGAAUUUAUUGGAACUAAACAAAUUACUCUUCAGAUGUUCUGCUGAAGAAUUAGCUGAUGGAUGUAACUUUAAUUCGUAUCAAAUACCUGAUUGGGGUUGGUUGGUUUAUUGUGGGUUUCAAAACAUUUCAAAUGUAUUACAAGGAAUUCGUGAUCGAAACGAUUUAGGUCAUCCAAUUUGUUCACAUCUUCGUCAAGGUGAUUGGUUAGCCCAUUAUUUAACUGAACGUUUGGCAAAACUACCACAUAAUUCUAAUAAACUUAUCACUAAAGCAAUUAUUCAAAUGAGUGAUAUUUUAAAAAUUAUGUAUAAACCUCUGUCAAACAUUCCAAGAUAUUUAGUCCCUGCAUACUUUGAAGCAUUGACUGUUACAUUAACAGAAUUUAUUAAGCUUGAGAUUACAUUACGAUUUGCACCUUGGAUAAGAAGUAGCUCAUCACUUGCAAAAAAUCUAGCAGUAGCUACUACUCAAUUUUACGGUUUUAUUGGAAAUAGUCGUCUUCCUGGACGUGUCAUCCAAUUUAAUAAAGAUUCUCAAAAUCCAGAAAUCGAAGCAAUGUUUUGUAGUUUAGCUGCAGGUUUACCACAUUUUGCCGAAGGGAUGUGGCGUUCUUGGGGAAGGGAUACUUUUAUUUCACUCCGAGGUUGUCUUCUUCUAACAGGACGUUACCAAGAUGCUGCUAACAUUAUUCUCAGUUAUGCUAGUUUAUUAAGACAUGGACUAAUACCAAAUCUUAUAGGAGAUGGUUACACUGUUAAUCCAAGAUACAAUUGUCGUGACGCUGUUUGGUACUGGUUAUAUUCUAUCGUUAUUUACGAACAAUUUAUUUCAAGUACUAAAGAAUGCUGUCUGGAAGGAGAUGAUUCUUCUAGUAUUUUAAAUUGUCCAGUUUAUAGAUGGUUUCCAGAUGAUGAUACAGUUGGUUGGCCGGAUGAAUAUUUGACCAAUUCAUUAUCUAGUCAACGUAUACAACCCUUGCAUGAAACAAUGCAAGAAGCUUUGCAACGACAUAUUAAUGGUAUUGAGUUUAUCGAAAGGAACGCUGGGCCAACUUUAGAUGAACACAUGAAACCGGAAGGAUUUAAGGUUCAGGCCAAUAUUGAUUUAAAUACAGGAUUUCCUCGUGGUGGCAACGCUUUUAACUGUGGCACAUGGAUGGAUAAAAUGGGCAGUUCAUCAAAAGCUGGUAACCAGGGUAUACCUGCUACUCCUCGUGAUGGUUCCGCAGUCGAAUUAGUUGGUUUGGCGUAUGCAGUUGUAUCGUGGUUAGCAGAAUCCCAUAAUCAAGGUCCAAAUUACUCUGGCUAUUAUCCGCAUGCAGGUGUUCAACUGACAUCUGGUAAGGAACUUUCAUGGAAAGAAUGGUCAAAUCUGUUGAAAAAUUCCUUUGAAUCGCACUUUUGGAUUCCGGAAAGCACAAAGGACCCUAACUUGCUUUAUAAUAAAGGAAUUUAUAGAGAUUCUUUUGGUUCGUCUGGAGGAUACACAGAUAAUCAGCUACGCCCCAAUUUCCUUAUAACUAUGGUUGUAGCCCCUGAAUUAUUUACACCCGAACGGGCAUGGAAUGCAUUGGAAAUAGCUCAACAACGAUUAACUGGUCCAUAUGGUAUGUGCACUUUGAGUCGAGAUGAUUUAGCUUAUCGAGGAUAUUAUGAUAACUCAAAUGAUAGCUGUGACUUUUCUAUAGCUCGUGGUUUUAAUUAUCAUCAAAGGAUAUCAUUACCUUGAUUUCAAUAUUCUCAUUAAUCGUUCCUUAGUUAUGUCAUGCACACAUAAUACACAAUUCAUACUAAUGUACUUCAUUGAAAGUGUUGAUCUUCUGGUUUCUUCAAGUAUGACAGUAACAUUGACUGCGUGGAUCGAAUAAUGACAUUAUUCUUUGUAUGUUAAAUAGCUAUAAACUUUCAUGUCAGGAAGUUAGUAACUUUACGAAUAAUCUUAUAUUCUAUCGAUUUACUGUAGCUUAUAUGUGCACGUGCAUUGAAAAAUUAAUUAUUACCGUCAUAGUAUACGCACAUUCACAGCUAUUUCUAUUAUACAUGUAUAACAAAAGAUUUCACUUUAAUUCCAUUUUAUUCCCGGUGCUGCAGUACGAUCUUCAUAUUAAAGUAAUCGGUACGAGUAAAACAAUUCGUCAUUACAGAGAAAUAAAAUCUGAAUAGUUCACUGUAAUUCAAAUACACAAAAUCAAGAUAAUUCACAAACCAUAUUGUUAGGUGUCAGGUGAAUAACCGGGAGUUAUAUCUCAGUAGCUCUAAUGUCGAAACAAUUUCAUUUUAUUCUCAUUAAUCUCUCCACUACAAUCAAGAAGGUUAAGGCACAGUUCAAUGCACGAUAAGCAUUUCAAUCCUUUUCCAGUUGCUACAUUUAUCGACCAACUGGCGUAUCCGGUGUCAUACUGGUUUUCUCGACAUUACGUAAAUGGUUAUACUACCUAGUAAUGAAUGAAUACCGUUCCCUUAUAGUCUGGAUCUUACUCCGUACUGGUCAAAUCUAACAGCCAGUUAACUAUAAAGUUCACUCAGGUUUUAUGUCAUUUGGCUUUAAUUUUUAUGCCGAUUGUGUGAUAAUGCAUCCUUAAAAUACUUAUUACCUACUAUUUUGGAUUUAGGGCCCAGAAUGGUUGUGGCCAACUGGGUAUUAUUUACGCGCUCGUCUUAAAUUCGCUCGCAUGCUAGGCAAAUUCGAUCCUAAACAAUGGGGUCAUCUCAUUCUCAACGUAACUACAGAGUGCCAGAAAACAUUUGCCAGACUGAAUCAGAGAAUGGAAUCAAGUCAGUGGUGUUCUCUUCCGGAACUGACAAAUGCAAAUGGUCAGCUUUGUAAAGAUAGUUGUGAAGCUCAAGCGUGGAGUGUGGGUUGUAUUUUAGAAGCUCUGUAUGAACUUAUUUUCACACAGAACAAAUGAGGUCCUCCCAAUUUUAGAACCACGUUAGUUAUCUUAACACGUUUAUUUUAACACUAGUUCAGCAAUCCCUUACCUAUAAAAUGUUAUCUUAAUUUUGGAAUCUUUAUCAUAAUUUGAAUGACGGUGUUUAAUUUUGCCUUUAUAUUUUAAACUUUUACAAGGUUUUCCUCAUUGUAGUUAUACUUAACAGUCAAUUAGUACGUUAUUCAUCAUGCAACCUAGAUAAAUAAAUAAAACCCUAUCCUAUCCUUUCUCGUAAAUUCUUUUUCCAGUGUUUAUUGUUGUCCGGGUGCAAAUAAAGUGAUAUCUAAGUGAAUUAAAAACUAACCCAACUGAAACACUUGAUUAAG